UCCGCCGUUGACUGCGUACAAAACGUAAAAUCCAGGCUCAUCAUAUUUGCGCUCUCGUGUUUCGUCAGCGAUGCACUACUCCGUGCCUCCCCCCAUACGAGGCAUGUCUUCUCCACACCGCACCACUCCUGCUUGCUCACAUGAAUUUACCGCGACGUCGACUCUUCCCAGUUGAGCGAGCUGUACCGUAGUUGGUGUUUGUCCAGCCCACCGCAGCUGUGCCCUCUGCUCCCGAAGGAAGUCCCCGUCAUGACCUCCCUUUUCCGCGAUUUUGCCGAUAUUCGCUAAAUGGGAUUCGUGGCUGGUGCGAGGUUUCCACAGCAACUGGCCAUCCGCUUCCAUUAUUUCUCUAAUGAGGACAGCCAUAAGGAUUUAACACGGUUCCUCGCUGCGCGUCUCUGAUUUUUGGGCUGAAUCUCUAGACGCGUCUAAGGUCUGCACAUGGGGGCGGGCAAGAGCAAGCCCAAGGAGCCGGGCCAGCGCUCCAUGAGCCUGGACGGAACCAUCGGCACAGGCUCCGACAGCGGCCACUUCCACCACCUGGGACCUGCCCAGCAGACCCAAACCCCCAACAGGAGCCCUGCCGUUGGGACAGGCAGGCGGGGGCAUCAAGGACAACACCAGCUCGCCCCCACAAACACUCCUGAGCUGGCUCUCUUUGGAGGGGUGGACCACACAGGCACCAUCACCUCGCCUCAGAGAGGACCUCUCUCAGGAGGUGUCACUACAUUUGUGGCACUGUAUGACUAUGAGUCACGGACAGCGUCUGAUUUGACCUUUAGGAAAGGCGACAGGCUGCAGAUUGUCAACAACACGAAAAAGUACAGCUUCAGAGAAGGGGACUGGUGGCUCGCUCGCUCCCUGACGACAGGAGAGAGUGGUUAUAUCCCCAGCAACUAUGUGGCUCCGUCCGACUCCAUCCAAGCAGAAGAGUGGUAUUUUGGGAAGAUCACUCGGCGCGACUCCGAGAGGCUCCUUUUGAACCUGCAGAACAGGCGAGGAACCUUCUUGGUGAGGGAGAGCGAGACCACUAAAGGAGCAUAUUGCCUGUCAGUGCUGGAUUAUGAUAACACCAAAGGCCUGAAUGUUAAACAUUACAAGAUCAGGAAGCUGGAUAGCGGAGGUUUCUACAUCACCUCCCGCACCCAGUUCACAAGCCUACAGCAGCUAGUCUUCCACUACCGCAAGCACUCUGAUGGGCUGUGCCACGCUCUAUCAGACGUGUGUCCUGUGUCCAAACCUCAGACCCAGGGACUGGCCAGGGACGCCUGGGAGAUUCCCAGAGAGUCCCUUCGCCUCGACCUUAAACUGGGACAGGGCUGCUUUGGAGAGGUCUGGAUGGGCACUUGGAAUGGUACAACACGUGUAGCCAUUAAGACCCUGAAGCCUGGCACCAUGUCUCCAGAGGCCUUUCUUCAGGAAGCACAGGUCAUGAAGAAGUUGAGGCAUGAGAAGCUGGUCCAGCUGUAUGCAGUUGUGUCUGAGGAGCCUAUCUACAUUGUGACAGAAUAUAUGAGCCAAGGCAGCUUACUGGACUUCCUUAAGGGGGAAGCAGGAAAGAUGCUUCGUCUGCCUCAACUAGUAGACAUGUCUUCUCAGAUUGCAGCAGGCAUGGCCUACGUGGAGAGGAUGAACUACGUCCACAGAGACCUGCGUGCAGCCAACAUCCUGGUGGGAGACAACCUGGUGUGUAAAGUGGCCGACUUCGGCCUGGCAAGACUCAUUGAAGACAACGAGUACACUGCCAGACAGGGAGCUAAAUUCCCAAUCAAAUGGACGGCACCAGAGGCAGCUCUGUACGGUCGUUUCACCAUCAAGUCAGAUGUCUGGUCCUUCGGUGUGCUGCUCACAGAACUGGCAACUAAAGGCAGAGUCCCCUAUCCAGGUAUGGUUAACCGCGAGGUGCUGGACCAGGUGGAGCGCGGCUACAGGAUGCCGUGCCCGGCAGAGUGCCCCAGCUCUUUGCAUGAGCUCAUGCUCUCUUGCUGGAGGAAGGACCCAGAAGAGAGACCUACAUUUGAGUACCUGCAGGGUUUCCUAGAGGACUACUUCACCUCCACAGAACCGCAGUAUCAGCCGGGGGAGAACUUAUAGAACCACAUACACUGAACCGAACCGAACCCCGGGGGGAGAACCUCAACACAGAACAAUCUGCACUAACCGACCUCAGAGGAGCACCUGUGGGAGGAUCUGAGCCUGUGAAACUCAUCAGGGAGGAACUUGAGAUUCUUCUGUGGAGGCAAAACCGAGAUAAAAACCUGCAGACGCCCCAUCAUGUGCCAUAAAGAAACUGCUACAGAAGAACCUGAAGAACCUCUUCUUAUGCGCUCACUGUUUACUGAAGGUUUGCUUGCAGAAGUGAGGUUAAAGGCUGUAAAAGAAAACUCCUGGUGGACAGGCUCUGGCUCUGAAUUCAUGUUUUAAGAGAGUAGCGAUUGAUGUGGGACGAAGUGAAGGGAUAUACGAAUAAACCUCCUCUAGUAGAGAGAAGGUCAAAGGAGGAUAUUUUGCCUGGUACCUUUACCGUCCACAGCAGAGCACUGUCACUGUGGCUCAGGUGCCAAAGGAAAGUCUGUCUCUCUUAAUGUCCUUUAUCUCCCUUCUGCCUCUCACUUCUCUUUCUCUAUUUCUGUCUGACUUGCGGCCUCUCUCUCCUGUUUUCUCAAGUGCUGCUUCUUCAAAGUGUCUCCAAAAAACUCAGCUGUGGAACUCUACGUUGCCUCUUUGUUUAUUUUUACUUUGACAAUAUGCAUUUUUUUGGUUUAAGGUUUUGUUCCAGUGGCAGACAAAAAAGUUCCUAAUUUCUCUUAAAGUUUUUCUGAUUAUCAAUAGGCAAGGUUGUUAGAACCACUAUCCUGGUAGUGCCAACAGGCAUGUUCUGUAACUGUAACAAUUAAAACGUGGGGCCUUUCUCUCUCGUCUAACCCUCCUUCUCUUUUCUAGUAUUUCUUGACAUACGCUGAACGGCCACAGCGGCCAGCUGGAUCCAACCUCGACCAUUCAAAAUGACUUUGAUGCAGGUAGUGUUUGAACGCUUGUUGAGUUAAAUUACCUUGAUUUAUCUGGAAAGUUGCGUUUAAAAUAAUCAGCACUGGUAUAGUGGCACUAAAAACCCGUUUUGAUAGUAGUCAGCUCAUUUCCUUAGAGGCAUAAAUGGGGUAACUUUCAUCAAACAUUCAUGUGACCUACUAAGAGGCUCAUGGCUACCAAACCAAUCAUAUGUUCAAUCACUGUUUAAUCUUCAACUCCACUCAAAAUGGGAAAUCCUUGAGUGCAAAAGCCUACGUUAAUGUGUUGGCCAAACAAAUCACACUUCUUUACAGCUGUCCAUGUAUAUAAUGUUUUAUUGUCGAUUAGCUUACUUGGGGUUUUUUAGUUCUUAAACUUUCAAUAAGAAUCUGCUCCAUUUCCCCAGUAAACGCCAUGUUGGUGAGUAAACUGGACAGAUAAACCUGGUACUGUUUGCUGAAGGAUUCAGAAACACUUAACAGCUGUUGUGUCCAUAGAAAUAUGCAACCAGGCGGCCCUAAUGAAGCUGUUAGACUCUGAUCAGGUAACUAAUAAAACUGUGUUUAUGACUUACUAUAAGAGUUGAUUUUAAAACCAGUUAGCAUGCUUUUGUGCCGUUCUUCUCUUGAUCACUGGCUGGGUUUGUAUUUAUGCUGUACUGUACAUCGACAUGUGUAUUUUUACUUUAUUCAAGAUUCAGGUUAGGCGAGGGGAUCAUCCUAUAAACAGACUUCUGAACAUUUGUGCCAUUAACCUCCUUUUUUUUUUUUUUACUGUAUCUUACCCACUGCUGUCAGUUUUCACUGUCAUAUUGUACAUACUGUAGCUCUUUAGGGUUGGUUUUGUAUCAUGUAAGCCACUUUCAAAUGGCAGGUAUUUAUGUUGGGUGUCACCCAUUUCACAGUGGUUUAGUUUAUGACGUAGUCCAUGCAGCAACAGUAGAUUUAAAGCUAUAGAUUGUUGCCAACAAAUACUAUGAAACCAGUUAUUAAAAUAUGAGCCAUGCAGCAAUAAGAAAUGGUCCAUACCCUCUAAAACCAUGAAAUUAUUAUCCGGCUGUAAGGAAUCCUGAAGGCCUUUUUAAUCAAUAACGUGGAUGAUUCUGAAACCACAAUGAAAUUGGAGUUUGUGUUGUGAUUGGGGAUGAAAAAUGUGGACAAAGAUGUAAAUAGUAUCUUAAACAAAUGACUUUGACUAUCAUGUAAUUUCUUUUUGUAUAGUAAGUUGUUUUUCUUUAAAGGCACCUCCAUGUGAGGUUUUUACACACGCACACCUGCUCCCAAAAUGUUUUAAUUUCAAGAUGCUACUGUAAAUGGGGCUUAAGGAAUGUUUUCUUUUUUUAUUAUUGGACUUUUUCUGAAAAAGACCAUUUAAAAUUGGGAUUGACAUAAAGUAUAUAUUUCCGAGAACAUCUUAUCAGUGCUUUCCUCUUUAAGAAUUGGAAAUCCCCUGUUUGUUGUAACGCACUGGAACAAUGUGGAAGUUGACGGGCUCAGGACAAGUAUGAGUAAUGCCAAUGUCUGAUUGGAUUUUCUGUGCCAUAUUAAAGAAGUGUCCUGUUGUUGUUGUUU